AUGGAGAGCUUUGUCUAUCCCCCCUUCAGCACGUACCAGAGCUUCAGGGGCAGCCUCACGCCGAGCCGCGGCAGGGACCCAACGGUGAAGCAGCCCAGCUGGAAGCAGAGCAAGAGCAGCGGCAUCAGCCCCUUCCUCGGGGGGCCCCUCACCCCCCUGCCCUCUGACUACCUGGACAGCUACCGACGGGCCCAGCUCCAGGCCCUGCUGUCACAGGUGAGCCCCGGGCUGGCGCCGCGGCUGCGCCGGGCCAGCACCAAGGAGGUGGGCGUGCAGGUGAACCUGCGGGCUGACGCCGCUGUGCAGUGCUCGCUGGGGCCGCGCACGCUGCCGGUGGGCCGCCCCCUUAGCCCCGCUGCCCUCCGCACCCAAGGGCACCUUGCCCUCUACUCGCCCGCGCCGGACCGCCGCCUCUUCACGCUGCCCGAGGCCACCGGCCCCCGGGAGAAGGAAGAGGCGUCUGAAACGACCCCCGAGGAGCACAAGGCGGAGGAUGGUAGCAGAGAGCAGCGGGAGGGCCAGGCGGAGGCCGCUCUGCCGAGCGAGGAGGCCGCAGCCCCCAGGCGGCGGGCUGCCUUCCAGUUUUUGGAGCAGAAGUAUGGCUAUUUCCACUGUAAAGACUGCAAGACCAGAUGGGAGAGUGCUUAUGUGUGGUGCAUUUCUGGAAGCAACAAGGUGUACUUCAAGCAGCUCUGUCGCAAAUGCCAAAAGGGCUUCAAUCCCUAUCGAGUGGAAGCAAUCCAGUGCCAGACCUGUUCAAAGACUCGUUGUUCCUGCCCUCAGAAGAAAAGACACAUUGAUCUCAAGAGACCUCAUCGCCAAGAACUUUGUGGCCGCUGCAAAGGCAAGAGGCUUUCCUGCGAUAACACUUACAGCUUCAAAUACAUUGUCUGAUCUUUGUGCCCUCUUCUGUUUUGCACUUUGCACUUUGUCAGUCUCUUGCAAUGUUUUGACUUUAGGCUUUUGACCUGGCAUUGGAUAAUGGAUAAAGACUUUUGUAUUAUUUAUAAAGUAUGUAACUUCAUUGUGUAUAUAUGCUGUGAAUAAAGUUCCAUGUAAUUUUGUGCUA